UGUAAAUUCAUUCAAAAUGGCUGAUCAUUAAAGUCACCUUGGAGAUAAACAAUGGCCCUGUCAAAAGCACAAUUACCAGGUACACCUCAACACUUUUUAGAGUGUGGUAUUGAAGACUGUGACAGAAACUGUGAAUUCUACUGCAAUAUUUGCCACACAAGAUUAUGCAAACAAUGUAGAGAUGAACAUCUGAGAAAUCCAGAGACAAAAACCCAUGAAGUGGUCCUAUACCAGCAACGAAAACGACAACUGCCCACAGAAAAAUGCAAGAUCCACCCCACCAAGGAUAUAGAACUUCUUUGUGAAGAAUGUAAAAUCCCUAUUUGUUCCAAAUGCAAAGCCAACCAAGCACACAGAGGUCACACAUUCAUUGAUCUGGAAUCAAUUUAUUCAGAAAAGUUUUCCCAUUGUCAAGAAGAAAUUGCAAAAAUUCAUGAAUAUUUCCUGCCAACAUCACAAGACAUACAGAAAGAAAUUAAGGACAAUGCCACAGAAAUCAAGAAGAUCAUGGACGACAUAAGAACCUCCAUGAAGGCUGAAGCAGAGUCCCUUAAAAGUCUGGUGGACAAAGUGACUUCUGAAAAUAUGGAAGAAGUAAACAAAAUAGAGCAGUCAUUACUGGAAAAAUUAAAUAGUCAAGAUACAACCAUUGAAAAGUAUAUUACCCAUCUCAAUGACCUGGAUAAGAAGUUCCAUGUUUAUAUGUCCUCUUUAAAACCUACAAAACUCUUCACUGCAGAGGAUAUGAAAAUUGAACCCAUACCAGAAACAACAAAACCAGAGAUGCCUGUAUUUACUGCUGGAAAGAACAGAAAAGAGGAUAUUGCCAAACUACUGGGGAAAGUAUCAUUUCCAAACAUAAAAGAAGAGGUGAAAAAAGUACAGCCCCUGAAAUCAAAAACUCCAAAAUCAAAUCCGAAAUCAACAAACUAUCAAGUAAUGAAAGACAGUAAAACAACUUCUAAUGUGAAACAAGCACUGUCUCUAUCUUCUUCUGUCACUGAGGUAAGGAUGCUCGUUGUAAUAGGCAUUAGUGGUGUGUAUCAUAUGUCACUAGAUCAGUCAGGUAGACUCUGGGUCAGUGAUCGUGAUGGUAACCUUGUCCAAAUAGAUCAACAGGGGUGGAAUCAGCUACAGAAGAUACAAACCAGUGGUGGAGAAGGUUACCACACAGUAACAAAAGAUGGGGAUCUGAUCUUUACAGACCGGAACAAGAAAGUCAUCAAUAGGAUAACACAGGAUAACAAUAUCACUAAAUUCAUUAAAACAGGAGACUGGGUACCAAUCAGCAUACACUCCUCCCACAUCAAUGGGAACUUACUGGUGGGGAUGAGGAAGAAUGAACAGGCUAAAGUCACCAGGUACAACAAGAAAGGGAAAGAACUACAGAACAUACAGAAGGAUAACAAAGGACAGGGACUGUAUAGUUAUCCACACUACAUAACAGAAAACAUCAAUGGAGAUAUCUGUACAUCAGACUAUGGUAACGCAGUAGUGGUGGUGAAUAAAUCAGGACAACACAGGUUCUCUUACACAGGUCAGAAAUCAAAGUUCGAUCCUUUUGGAAUCUGUACUGAUGUCCUCGGUCACAUACUGGUAUGUGAUGCCUACAGUGUUCAACUCCUUGAUCAGGACGGUCAAUUCUUAUCUCUACUAAUCACAACAGAAGAAGUACCUUCUCCCAUUAGUGUAUGUGUGGAUGAUGAGAAGAAUCUUUGUGUGGGAGAUAAUAUGAUUAAUACAAUUACAGCAUUUAAAUAUCUUCAAAUGAACACAGAAUAG